UCUCUUUCUCUCCCCUUUUUUCGCUCUGUGCUCUCUUUUCUUUUGCAUUCUUUUUCUCUUGCUCUCUACUUCUUUAUGUGUUCUCUCCUUCUCUCUUUGUUUCUAUCUCUGUGGUCUCUCUUAGAAGUCAUUAAAUCUGUCUCCCACACAAUCUCUUUCUUUUUCUUUUUCAAUCUCUUCUACUUCUUCUCUCCUACUCUGCUCUUUCUCACUCAUUUAAUAUAUUUUUCUUUCUUCCUUUCUCUUUGCUCUUGCUUUUGCGAUCUCUCUCUCUUUACGUCUUUCUGUUCUCUUUUUUUCUUGCAAUCUGCUGUAUCUCCCUCAUUCAUUCAAUCUCUCACUCUUCAUCUUUGUGUCGUUGCUUGCUUUCACUCUUACUCUAAGUCAAUAUUUCUGUCUCUCUUUCUCUCUUCUCUACCAAACCAUCUCUCCCUUUUUUGUUUCUUUCUCUCUCUUUUUUCUCUCUUCCUCCUUUUCUCUGUGCUGAUUUUUUUCCUCACAAUCUUACUUCUCUCUGUGUUCUUUCUUUCUCUCUUUUCCUUGGUCAGACAGUUUUCUCUCUCCCUUUUACUAGAUCUCUCCUAAUCCCUUUCUUUCUAUACUUUACAGUAUUCUCUUUUUCAAUCUCUCCGUCAGUCAGUCAAUCUUUCUUUUUCUCUUUUCUUCCAAUUUCUUUCUGUCUCUUAACCACUGUGCCUCCCUUACUCCAUCUCUCGCUCACUUUCUCUCGCUCUGCUCUUUCUUUCUUUAGCUCUCUCUCUCUGUGCUGUUUCUAACUCAUUCACCCCCACCCCCCAACUCUCUCACUCUCGCUCUCUCUCUCUCUCUCUCUCUCUCUUUCUCUCUCUCUCUCAUCCUGUCCACUGCGCGCGGCUCUCAGCACUGGCGGACUUUCUCGUGCGCUCUCUCUCUGGUGAAGGUAGGAGCCCCCGCAGUAUCUCGGGACCCCCAGCCCCGCGGGACUCAGCUCGGAUUAUCCCGGACACUUUUGGCGGAGGCUCUCGCUGUUCUCCAGCUUUGCGCGGUGGAGCGCGAGGAUCCAGCACGCGAUCUAGCUUCACCAGAAACAAAGUGCAGGUGGUAAGCUGACUCCCCCCAUAGCGUAUCUUCAUGUGUGAUCAGACAGAACUCUCAGUGUCCACUCCAUGGCUCUCCCCUGCCUCUGACACUCCCUCCUCACCCUCUCUCUCCCUCAUAAAGCGCUAAUCGGCCUUGCUGCUUGCUCCGUCUCCUCGUAACCAUGUCAUCCGCAGUCCGAGCUCUGCUGCUUGUGCUGCUAGGAGCCGGGGUCCUGCUGUCCAGUGGCGACUCUCCCCGCCGAGAGAUUAAGAUAGACGGGGAUCUGGUGCUGGGAGGCCUCUUCCCCAUUCACGAGAAGGGCCUGGGCAUGGACGAGUGCGGCCGCAUCAACGAGGACCGGGGCAUCCAGCGGCUGGAGGCCAUGCUCUUCGCUAUAGACCAGAUCAAUCGGGAUGUCAGCCUGCUGCCGGGUGUGGUCCUGGGAGUCCAUAUUUUGGACACGUGCUCAAGGGACACCUACGCACUGGAACAAGCCCUGGAGUUCGUCAGAGCCUCGCUGACCAAGGUGGACGACACCGAGUUCAUCUGCCCUGACGGCUCCUACGCCUUCCAAGAGGACAGUCCACUGGCUAUUGCUGGGGUCAUCGGAGGCUCCUACAGCAGUGUAUCCAUACAGGUUGCCAACUUGUUGCGCCUCUUCCAGAUCCCUCAGAUCAGCUACGCCUCCACCAGUGCUAAGCUCAGCGACAAAUCGCGCUACGACUACUUCGCUCGUACCGUCCCUCCAGACUUCUACCAGGCGAAGGCCAUGGCUGAGAUCCUGCGUGCCUUUAACUGGACGUACGUCUCCACUGUGGCCUCUGAGGGAGACUACGGCGAGACAGGCAUAGAGGCCUUUGAGCAGGAAGCCCGUCUGCGGAACAUAUGCAUCGCUACAUCAGAAAAGGUGGGCCGCUCUAACGCUAAGCGCUCCUCGUACGAGGCAGUGGUGCGGCAACUCCUGCAGAAGCCUACGGCGCGUGUGGUGGUGCUCUUCCUGCGCAGCGACGAUGCCCGUGAGCUCCUGGGAGCUGCCACUCGCCUCAACGCCUCAUUCCUUUGGGUGGCCAGUGAUGGCUGGGGGGCGCAAGAGAGCAUCGUCAAAGGUAGCGAGUUUGCAGCUGAUGGCGCCAUCACCCUGGAGCUGGCUGCUCAUCCUAUCCCCGACUUCAACCAGUACUUCCAAAGCCUCAAUCCGCGCAACAACCACCGGAACCCGUGGUACAGAGACUUCUGGGAACAGAAGUUCCAGUGUUCUUUAGGCGGCACAUUGUCAUCGACAGGAAUGGGCACUCCCAAACCUCCCUGUGACCAAGGGCUGGCAGUGGAUGAUUCCAACUUCGAACCUGAGUCUAAAAUCAUGUUUGUGGUGAAUGCAGUGUUCGCCAUGGCGCAUGCCCUGCACCGGAUGCAGCGAGCCCUGUGUGCAAACACCACGCGCCUGUGUGAUGCAAUGCGCAGCCUUGACGGCAGGAGGCUGUACCGGGACUUUCUGCUUCACAUCAACUUCAGAGCUCCAUUCUCCCCCCCUGGCUCAGAGAACGUGGUGAAGUUUGACCAGUAUGGAGACGGCCUGGGUCGCUACAACAUCUUCAACUACCAGCGCCUGCCAGGCAGUGACAAGUUCACCUACAUCCAGGUGGGUGAGUGGGCUGAGACUCUCUCCCUCAACGAGUUCUUGAUCGGGUGGCCACGGGGAGGGGGGUUGCCCACGUCCCAGUGCAGUGACCCAUGCGCUCCCAACGAAAUGAAGAAGAUGCAGGCUGGCGAGUACUGCUGCUGGAUCUGCACAGCUUGUGAACCCUACGAAUACCUGCCUGACGAGUUCACCUGUGCACCCUGCGCUCUGGGCCAGUGGCCUCGAGACGAUCUGAGUGGCUGCUAUGACCUGCCAGAGGACUACAUCAUGUGGGAGGACGCCUGGGCCAUCGGGCCCAUCUCCAUCGCCUGUGUGGGCUUCGUCUGCACCUCCUUGGUCUUCACUGUCUUCAUCCGGCACAACGACACGCCCCUGGUCAAGGCUUCGGGUCGGGAGCUGUGCUACAUCCUGCUGUUGGGUGUCCUUAUGUCCUACUCCAUGACCUUCAUCUUCAUCGCCAAGCCUUCACCAGCCGUGUGCGCCCUGCGCCGCCUGGGCCUGGGCACUUCCUUCGCUGUCUGCUACUCUGCACUGCUGACCAAGACCAACCGCAUUGCCCGCAUCUUCAGCGGAGUAAAAGACGGCGGAGCACAGCGACCGCGGUUCAUCAGCCCCAGCUCCCAGGUCUUCAUCUGCCUGUCAUUCAUCUCCGUGCAGCUGCUGCUGGUGUCCGUGUGGCUGCUUCUGGAGGUGCCGGGUACACGGCGCUUCACGCUCCCCGAGAAGCGGCAGACAGUUAUCCUCAAGUGCAACGUGCGCGACUCCAGCAUGCUGCUGUCGCUCAGCUACGACGUGGUGCUGGUGGUGCUCUGCACCGUCUACGCCUUCAAGACCCGCAAGUGCCCUGAGAACUUCAACGAGGCCAAAUUCAUCGGAUUCACCAUGUACACCACCUGCAUCAUCUGGCUGGCCUUCCUGCCCAUCUUCUACGUCACGUCCAGUGACUACAGGGUUCAAACCACCACGAUGUGUAUAUCAGUGAGUCUGAGUGGGUUUGUGGUGCUGGGCUGCAUGUUUGCCCCUAAAGUCCACAUCAUCAUGUUCCAACCCCAGAAGAACGUGACCAGCCACCGGCUCAACCUCAACCGCUUCAGUGUCAGUGGCCCAGCCACCACCUACGCUUCACAUGCAUCUGUGAGUGCUCACUACGUUCCGACAGUCUGCAACGGCCGAGAAAUCGUCGACUCCACCACCUCAUCCCUGUGACCCCUCCUCUAACUACAGCUCUUUAGCGACUGUUAGCCAAUCAGCACACAUUGUGCUCUGCCCCAAGGACUCCGCCCAUCCACAGUGUGUAGAAAAUGUGUAUUAUUAUGAUUAUUAUUAUUAUUAAAUUAUUUUCUAGGGCUUGUACAUAUUAACUGAUGUUGUUGUAGAGAAACAAAAGAACAAAAAAAAACUUUCUAGAGUGAUUUUGGAGACUUUUGUUUUUUUUGAUAGCUUUAUUGUAAACUGUUGUAAAUGACCAUGAAAUGUGAGCGCCGUUGCAAUAUCCGAUGAGUCUUCUGACUGAGGGUGGGAGGGGAAAAGGGGUGACCGAUAAGAGUGGCCAUGCCUGCAAUACUGGACAAACUGGUCGUUUUCUUUUGUAGGCCUCAUUGUAAUAAUGGAUUCUGUAUGUAUGUAUUUCUAUGUUGUAUAUUUUGUACAUAAUCUUACUGAUGGUUUUAACAGCACAAGUUGACAGUGUGUUAGAGAAGAAAAAACGAUGACGACGAUGCUUCUGUCGAUCGGGUGAUGACGUCGGGAGUGGACGGAGGGUGAACAGUAGGAGAUCUCAUGCCUCGACUUCCACAGUGUCUCGUUCUGAACAGGGACACGGUCCUUUUUAAGUAAGCUUUCAUGUCGUCUGCUAGUGUGUUACAUGAAAAGCUUCUCACAAAGCAUACAGUGCUGUGAAAAAAAUGGUUGCUCUCGUGCAAAUUUUGGAUUUUUUUUUCAUAUUUGUCACAUUUCAAUUUUGAAUACUUUUGGAAAUAUAGUGUAGAAGGUUCCUCUGCCAUUUUUAGUUGCUACAUCAUAUUUCAUACAGAUUCGAGAAAUGCAGCUGAUGUUCAAAACUAUUCUGAGGAUGUAACUGAUGUAUCUUUCCCAGCUCUUGGUUACCCACAAUUCUCAGUGCACUCAAAACACAAAAGGGAGAAAACAGCACCACGAAAACUGGGCAACAAUGGCAGAGCCUCCAGAGUUCAUUU